CCCGGCCUCCAGGGCAGCGGAGCCGGGAAGUGGGAGAGGGGGCGAAGGAGGCGGAGACUGCAGCGGCUGCAGCCCGGCCGGGCUCCGAGCGAGGGACUGCAUGGAGCGCCCGGCGCGGCUCUGCGGGCUGUGGGCGCUGCUGCUCUGCGCCGGCGGCGGCGGGGUGGCCGCGCCCGCGGAAACUCAGCCACCUGUGACGAAUUUGAGUGUGUCUAUUGAAAACCUCUGCACAGUCACAUGGACAUGGAAUCCUCCUGAGGGAGCCAGCCCGAAUUGUAGUCUGAAGUAUUUUAGUCAUUUUGGCAACAAACAAGAUAAGAAAAUUGCUCCAGAAACUUAUCGUUCAAAAGAAGUGCCCCUGAAUGAGAGGAUUUGUCUGCAAGUGGGGUCCCAGUGUAGCACCAACGAAAGUGAGAAGCCUAGCAUUUUGGUGGAAAAGUGCAUCUCACCCCCUGAAGGCGAUCCUGAGUCCGCUGUUACUGAGCUACAAUGCAUUUGGUAUAACCUGAGCUACAUGAAGUGCUCUUGGCUCCCUGGAAGGAAUACAAAUCCUGACACUAACUAUACUCUCUACUAUUGGCACAGCAGCCUAGGAAAAGUUCUUCAGUGUGAAGACAUCUAUAGAGAAGGUGAACACAUUGGUUGUUCCUUUGCUCUGACUAAGGUGAAGGAUUCCAGUUUUGAACAACACAGUGUCCAAGUAAUGGUCAAGGACAAUGCAGGAAAAAUCAGACCAUCCUUCAAUAUAGUGCCUUUAACUUCUCAUGUGAAGCCUGAUCCUCCACAUAUUAAAAAUCUCUCCUUCCAAAAUGGUGACUUAUACGUGCAAUGGAAGAAUCCACAGAAUUUUUAUAGCAGAUGCUUAUCUUAUGAAGUAGAAGUCAAUAACAGCCAAGCUGAGACACAUGAUAUUUUCUACGUUGAAGAGGCCAAAUGUCAGGAUUCAGAAUUUGAAGGAAACCUAGAGGGUACAAUUUGUUUCAUGGUCCCUGGUGUUGUUCCUGAUACUUUGAAUACAGUCAGAAUAAGAGUCAAAACAAAUAAGUUAUGCUAUGAGGAUGACAAACUCUGGAGUAAUUGGAGUCAAGCAAUGAGUAUAGGUCAGAAGGCCAAUCCAACAUUUUACAUAACCACGUUACUCAUCAUUCCGAUCAUCGUUGCAGCUGCAAUCAUAGUCCUUCUACUGUACCUGAAAAGGCUCAAGAUUAUUAUAUUCCCUCCAAUUCCUGAUCCUGGCAAGAUUUUUAAAGAAAUGUUUGGAGACCAGAAUGAUGAUACCCUGCACUGGAAGAAGUACGACAUCUAUGAGAAGCAAACCAAAGAAGAAACUGACUCUGUAGUGCUGAUAGAAAGCCUGAAGAGAGCCUCUCAGUGAUGGGGAUAAUUUAUUUUAACCUUCAAUGUGACCUUGUGAAGAUUCAUUCCGUUUUCCAUUUGUUAUCUGGGAACUUGUUAAAUGGAAACCGAAACUACUGGACCGUUUAAAAACAGGCAGCUCAUAAGAGCCACAGGUCUUUAUGUUGAGUCGUGCACCGAAAAACUAAAAAUAAUAAUGGGCUCUUUGGAGAAAAGAAUGGAGUCAUUUCUGUUGAAUUAUAAAAAGCAGACGUCUUUUGCUAAGGCUUCAAACUAGAGGACAAAAGCAAAAAGUGAUGAUGGCAGUCGAGUUAAUCUUACCAGGAGUUGUGACAACUUCCUGAGGGACCUAUGCCUGCUUUGUAUUCUUUGUCUCAAAUAAUACCAACAAAUUUUAUUUGUAGGAGAAUUCAUCUUGGGUGCAAAUGCUAAAAGUCAGACUUGAGUCAUAGAGAACAUCUAGCAAACAAAAUUGAUAAAAUCUGUUAUCUGUUGUUUGGGAUCCCACUGAGUAAUGGCUGUGGCUAUUAAAACCCUUUAAUAGUCCGGAAUCUUCAUCCCCUUCAGCAGCAUUUUCCUCUGCUUUGAAAGGCCCAGGCAUCCUUGUUGGCCGUGACUACAGAAAAAGCAGAAGCAGCUUCUUUACUGAGAUGUUUCAAAGCCAUUUCAGGCUUUUAAGGGCAGUAGAGGCAGAAUGACUUAUUGGGUAUUAGAGUUUGAGCGACAUAGUCUCUAAUGAUGCAUUGUUUAUUCUUCACCUCCGCUACUCAAAUCAAGUAUCUGCUCUGCGUCCAGAUUGUGUUAGGCCCCCAGGUGUGAGGCACCAACUCCCUCCCUCAAAGAAUUCACAGUCUAGUUGGGGCUCCUCAGUUCUUUCUCCACCAGUCAUUUUCCAGACCUUUCAACACCCCUCUUCCCACCUCGAUUUCCCCUUUUGCAUCUCCCUCAUUCCCUUCGGUGUAGUCUUUCACCUCUCAUGAGCAAUUAGAAUAUAAAUCUGCUCACAGCACCUAGAGGAGCAGGGAGUAAUUUGCAUCUCAGGAAAAGUGUGAGUAGACUGAGAAACAAUGACUAAUUCUCGCAUAUUUUGUAACUUUUGCGUGACUCUGCAUUUAUUUGAAGCUUUUCGGCAUUUACUGUUUCUGUAUGCAUUUUAUAAACAGAAAACAGGUAUUAUCUUCACCUAGAACUUUGCUGUUUGCUUGAGAAAAAAAGAAUAGUUGUGUCUUUCUCUUUUCCCUUACUCCCACAAAUGGUUAUUAGUAGGUUUUGUUUCUUAUAUUGAUAACCAGCCAUCCAAGGCUCCAACGUUUGUAUUUUUUUUUGCAUAUGUUAAGGCUCCAUUCUCACCCAUCCCCACAACCUAUCCAUAUAUAUAUUCCCUCUACUUCUACUUCCUCCAUAUUUAAAGUGUGGAAAUGAGAAGUCCCCUCUAAUGUUUCUCUCCUCACACACAUAGACUCAGAUUACUGGUAGGAACUUGAGAACUCUAUAUCACAGGUUCUCCAAACAUUCAUCCAUCUGUAUUAAUAAGAUAAUGCUACUUCCAAUUCCUGCUCUUAGGGGAAGGGAGAUCAGACAUCCCUGCUCUUUUCAGGUUUGGGCACAGUGGAGGACCACUGUGCCCUGGCUUUCCUGAGGAAAUUGGGGUUCAUGGCAAUGUCAGAUGUCAAGGUGUUUCCUCCCCCUGCUUUUAUAUUUGAGGUCAGAUUGAGGCUGGGAGACGGGCAUGGAUGUGCUAUUCUGUCCUACUCUUCUCUAGAAAGAAUAUUUGGUUCUCCUGUGUAGGGAUGAGAUUAUUUCCUAGCCAGGUCUUAUACUUCUGCGAAACACCUAAAUGCCUCACCCAAAGUCAUUUUUCCUGUCAUCCUAUCUAGAUGGCAGCACGGGGAGGGGAUGCUUUGAUAUUCUGAUCACCCAAAGAACUACUGAUGACGGUCCUGUGGCCUGGGAGUGGGCUGGGAGCGGGGGUGUUUCCAUCUUGCUCUUUUAGUGGUAAAAUAGUUGAGGGAAAAGUGGGCAGUGAAUUAUGGGAGUACCUAUGGCUGUUUUAUAACUGCUGAAAACUGAUCCCCAGGUCUUGAGAGCUCUUGGAGACUUUAACACAUCAGUGGAAUUCCCACUACCUGUAGGAAACUAGUAGGUUCAUGUGCUAUUUUAUGUCUAACUUUAUGGAUUUGUUUUCUCCACAUAUCAAAGUAAAGCCACUGUAAGGAUGGUCCUUCUUAUUCUUUCAUUCAGAUAAGUGUUUUCUUCAUCCCGCACUGAAGGGAUACGUGAAACAAUGUUAACAUUUUUGGUAAUGCCUUCAAAUGGGGAUCAUUUUGUUUAACUUCUUAACAGAAAAGCUUGAGUAAAAUAAAUAUUAAUUGUCUUUUUGUAUGUGA